AUGACCACAAUUAGAUGCAUACUAGCCACUGCUGUAAAGAAAGGUUGGGGUCUAUACCAGCUAGAUGUGAAUAACGCUUUCCUACAUGGAGAUCUAAAUGAAGAAGUGUACAUGAAAUUCCCACCCGGGGUUGUACCUACUUCACCUACUCAUGCAUGCAAGUUAAAGAAAUCAAUUUAUAGGCUACGACAAGCAUCUCGUCAGUGGUAUGCUAAACUUACAACUGCUUUGAAUUUUAAGGGAUUCACUCACUCAUUCAACGACUAUUCCCUGUUUUUUAAAAGGUCAGCUUCUUCCAUUUCUAUAAUGGCUAUCUACGUGGAUGAUAUACUCUUGAUAGGAAAUGACAACACAGAACUACAUGCUUUGAAAGAAUUUCUCAAUCAAGAAUUCAAAAUAAAAGAUCUCGGGGACUUACAUUUUUUUCUAGGCAUGGAAGUUGCCCGAGAAACAGAUGGACUCCUCCUUUCUCAGCGCAAAUUCACUUUAGACCUUCUCCAAGAAUUUGACUCUCUCCAUUUGUCACAUGUUUCUUCUCCACUCGAUUCAUCUACUCGUUUGUCUACUCACACAGGGGAACCAGUGCAGGAUCCCACCUUGUAUCGUCAUCUUCUUGGCAAACUUAACUAUCUCACUCACACCCGACCAGACUUAUCCUUCACUGUCCAGCACCUCAGUCAGUACAUGCAGGACCCUCGACAACCACACCUAGAUGCAGCACUCCGUGUGCUUCGCUAUCUGCUCAAAGAUCCUAGGCUUGGGCUUUUUAUGUCUGCUUCCUCCUCCUUCAAGCUCCUAGCCUUUUGUGACUCUGAUUGGGCCACCUGCCCGGACUCGAGGAGGUCGGUCAGUGGGUUUUACAUUUCCCUUGGUACUUCUCUGAUCUCUUGGAAAUCCAAGAAGCAAACUUCCAUCUCGCUCAGUUCAGCCGAAGCAGAAUACAGAUCUAUGCGGCGAGUGGUUGCAGAGCUCACAUGGUUGGUUCAUCUUUUUGAGGAUUUGUCAAUUCCUAUUUCUCUUCCAGUCCCUCUUCACUUCGAUAUCCAAGAAGCAAUUCAUAUAGCAAAAAAUNUUGUAUUUCUUUUAUGUGCAACUUUCCUAGCUAAUAGGACAUUGCCACUUGGCAAUAUAGUAUGCUGGCCUAAAAUAUUCCUUCUGUAUAUAAAGUUGGGCUUGUACACUUAA